AUGUCGGAAAGAGGUCGCCUGACAAGGCGAUUGAUUGAUGAUCGCAGGGUGUACCAUGAAGUCCCUCUAGCUGACAAUCCCAGAGGCAGAGGUUAUCCAGAAGUCCUUGUGGUUGGGGAUCGUAGGGGCUACUCUGACAUCCGUGUGGCUCACGAACGCCGGGACUAUCAUGACAGCCGUCUGCUUGAUGAACGUAGGGUCUACCCUGGUGUUCGUAUGGCCGAUCAUAGGGCCUAUCCUGGCAGUCGUGGGAUUGAUGACCGUAGGGCCUAUCCUGAGAUCCAUGAAGGCCCACGCAUGAGGGCAGCUCCUCACCCUCACCCAGCUGUCUUAGAGGAUGAUCUCGAGUUACAGGAAGUCGAACUCCGGAGGCUUUUGGCACAUAACCGUGCUCUGGCUGAGGAGCGUGAAGUGUUAAGCAGGGAAAUACAAGCUGGAAAAGAUGAGGUCCGCCACUUGAACGUGAUCAUUGCAGACAUUAGCACUGAGAAAGAAAGUUAUAUCAGUAAGCUUGUGGACAAGAGGAGGAAGCUUGAAGCUGAACUUGGAGCAAGUGAGCACUUGCGUGAUGAGGUCAGGCAGCUCCGUGGUGAGAUUGACAAGCUCAUUACCGCUAGGAAAGAACUAUCUGCAGAGGCUGCAUCUCUCAUGGAGGAGCUGAACAGGGAACAAUCCAUUCAACAGCAGCUACCCAUGCUGAAAACAGAACUUGAUGGUCUGCAACAGGAACUUAUUCACGUGAGGACUGCUUGCGGGUUAGAGCAGAAGGGGAAUUUGGAAUUGCUGGAACAAAGGAAGGCAAUGGAGAAGAAUCUGCUUUCUAUGGCACAAGAGAUUGAACAGAUGCGAGGCGAAUUAUUAAAAUUUGAAGUUAGACCAUGGGUCACAGGUGGAACAUAUGGGAUGCAGAUGGGGAGUCCUGAAGUGACCUUCACUAAGAACCCAUAUGAAGAUAGUUACAAUAUCAAUGCGGGGGUUUCUGAGAAAGGUCCUUUGCAUCCUCCUGAAUCUGGUUCAUGGGGGACAUAUGACAAGAAUCGCCUUCAGUACCGCUAA